AUGUAUGGAAGAUUAAUAACAAGACAAGAACAUUGGAAUUUAUAUGAAAACAAAAACCAAAAUGAAAUUGUUCCUGUUUUGUUUUCUUAUCCAAAGAAAAAUGAACAAAAAUAUAAUUUUGUUUUACAAAAACCGUUCAAAGGAUAUAUACCUGAAUUACCAAAUAUUUUUGAUGUUUUUAGAUUGUAUUAUCCAAUUGAAAACAUUACUCCUGCUUUCUUGUUAUUCGACAAAUUGGAAUUUGUUAAUCAAGUUUUAAUUAUUGAUUUUUUGAAACAUAUUUACUCUGACAUGUUUUACAAGUUCUUCUCUUUGAUUCCUUCACUUUUGUUGCAGCAAAAUCCAUCAAUUUUAUCUUUUAAUUUGUAUAACAAGUUUUAUAUGGCUUUGGAUGUUUGUAAAACAGAAGAAUCAUUGUUUUCUUUGUAUUCAAACAUUCUAAUGAAUUUCGAAUUAUGGGUAAGAAGUGCAGACCUGCAAAAGAUUGUUCAGCAUUGGUAUUCUUAUUUGUUAAAAGGUUACGAAUUCCAAAAAACAGAAAAUUUUGUUAAGAAAAUAAUCGUAAAUCUCAGAAAAUAUUUUUAUUUUGAGAAAAAUGAAGUUAAUUUUGUUUCUAAUUUGGAAAGGGAUUCGAAUGUAGAUAUAGAGAAAUGUAAUAGAUUAAUACAAAAGAUGUUAAUUGAGAAUUGUUCGAAUGUUAUUAAUCAAGAAGAUAUUGAUUUUAUUUUUGUCAACGCGAAACUUUCUCAAGACAGAAAAAUGAAAUUGAUUUUAUUAGAAAUUGGUCAAAAAUUCUCGAAAAUUGUCAAAGGAACACAAAAAUCUAUUGAUGCUUUACUUUCUAUUGAUACUUAUUUGAACUUUGAAUUAACAGAAACAAUUGUUAAAUCACUUUAUAACUUGUCAGAAGAAAAUUUAUUCAAUGUUAAUUUGAUUAAUUUAAUUUAUUUAUUCAAUACAUCAAUGAAAAGUGACAUUUCUCAAAUACAAACAAAACUAAGGGCAAUUAAUUCUUCUCUUUCAGAUAUACUAAGUAGAAGUGAUAGAAUUCCUGAAUUACAUGAUAAUUUAGGUUUUGAUUUUUUGUUGAGUUUUAAUUUGUUGGAAUUAGUUCCUUUAUCUUAUCCAAUCUUUUUACAUUUAGCAUUUUUAAACAAAGAAAAUGGUGAUUUCAGGAAAACUCUUUAUAGAUACUUAUUGGCAUGGAUAGAAGAUGAUAAAUUUGUAGAAGCAGUUCGAUCCCAAAAAUGUUGGUAUUUAGUUCCGAUAUAUUGUUUUUCUCAAGUGAAAUAUGAUGAAGAACCUGAAAUAAUGAAAUUUAUUUGUCAAGUUUCAACAAGAAAUCCAUUUUCUUAUGAAAGUUUGACUUCUGUUUUGAAUUGUUUUGAUAUUAUUCAAUCUAUAUAUCAUUCAGAUUUGAAAUACCACAAAGCACAAGUUUUAGUUUCUUUGAUUUGUCUUGAUUUCGAUUCGAAUUUGUUCAAAGAAUGUUUCGAAAUUUUGUUUAUCGAAACAAAACAACAAAUCAAUUUAAUUGAUAUCCAGAAAUCAAGAAUGGCUCCGGAAAUGAGUUUCGAAGAUGAUACAGAAGAAUUUGAUUUCGAUGAUUAUGUCGAAAAAGAUAAAAUUAAUGAAAAAGUGACAGAUCAUUUUAUUCUUAAUGAUUUAUUUAGAAUAGAAGAUAUUAGAACAAAUCUUUCAUUGAUCAAAUCAUUAGACAUGAGAGAUUUGUUGUCUUCUUUAUUGAGUUUUUGUAAAAUUUGUCAAAUCUUGAAGUCGGAAGUUCUUUGUCAAAUUAUUGAUUACACGAAUUCAUCGAAAGAAAAUCAAAAUGAGCUUUGUAAAAUAAUUUUAGAGAAUUAUGAAGAAAUUAACAAAAUGUUGGAUGACAGAAAAAUUGACAUCUUAAAGACAUUGUUCGAAAUCAAAUCCAUUAUUCAUAGAAUAAAUUACAAUGAAAUGGUCGAACAAACUAUGUCAAUUUUGUCAGAAUUCCAAGAAAACAAAGAAAAACUUGACUUUUUGGCAAAUAAAUCUCGUGAAUUUAUUAUGAAGAGAUUUAUUAAUCAGAGAUCAAUUUGGAGAUACAGUUUCAACACAAAAUUGCGAAUUUCUGAUCGAACAACAUCAUUUUUCUUCAAAACAAGACUGAAAAUUGUUUUGAAGACUCCAAAAAUUUCUCAAAAUUACGAAUUAGAAAACACAGAAUUUUUGAAUUUUUCGAUUCCUUUCAAAGCCCAAAAGAUCGAGAAAAAGUCAACAGAGAAUUGUUUCUUCUAUUUGCAGAAGAAAUCAUUUACAUUGUUGAAAGAAAACAAAAACAAAAUUGAUGUUGAUUUUUCGAAUAUUCAACACAUUUUAAUUCGCGAUCAAUCUAAAAUCGAAUUUUUCUUGUUGACAGGAAAAUCGAUUUAUUUGGAUUUCUAUCCAAGAAAGAACACUGAUAUAAUGAACAAAUUGUCCGCUUUUAACAUGCCAAAUCUGAUUUUCUUCCAAGAUAUUCCUGCUGAAUUAUAUAUUAGAAAAAUUGGUUUGUUCAAGAAAUGGAAAGAAAAUGAAAUUUCUAAUUUGACUUUUCUCAUUUUGAUCAACAUUUUCUUUGGAAAAUCUUACAAAGAAAACAACAAAAUCUUGUUACCUUUUGAUUUGGAUCCAAAUGACAUGUUUAUUCCUGAAUUCCACACUCAAAAAAUCUUGAAUUCAUUAAAAUUAAAUCAAGAUUUAACAAAAAGUGACAAAAAAUCCAAAAUUUCUGAGAAAAAUCCAAGUUCUGGCGAAAUUUCACCGAGAAAAGACAAAGAAAAUGAAUUUAAUUUGUAUGAUGAUGAAAACAUUGAUAUUGAUGUUGAUCAGAGCGAGAUAAACAACAGAGAUGUUGUUCAUUCAUCUUUUAACCAAAAAACGAAAAUAAAUCAAAGAAAAAUUGAAGAUAUCGAGAGAUUUGUUAAAGACACAUUUGGAAUAGAAGACAAACAAAGCAAUGAAGAAUCAGAAUCAUAUGAAAUUCUUUGGGAAAAGUUGUUACACGUCAAACAAAAUUCAAUUCCUUUCAUCACAGAAAUGUCUAAUGAAAACACAGAACAAAAUUUCAUUCAUGAUGCUAAAUUUGUUCCAUAUUCGAAAUUGUUUUUGAUUGGUGAUAAAACAAUAUGUGUUUCAGAUGACAAUUUCUCAGUCGAACAAAAAGAUACAGAAAAGAAAAUUAUCAAAAUCCAAGGCCAUAUCAAAGAUGCAUUAAAAAUCCAUGAUAAUUUAAUUCUUUUCAAUAAAAGCGACAAUGAAAUCUCUAUCUUCAAAGAUGAUGAAAUCAAAACAGACAUCAUUUGUUCUACAGACUUUUCUUUAUCAGCGAGUUUCGGAAUUUUCUUUGCAUUAUGUUCAAAAGUCGGAAAUAUCCAAAUCUUUAAAUUCCCAGACUUUUCAUCGCCUUUCAAUGAAGUCAAAGUAUAUUUUGAUUGUAUUUCAUGUUUUGACUUCAAUCCAGAUCAUGGUAUUGUUUGUGUUGGAACACAUGAUGGAUACAUCAAUGUUUUUGACAUGAAUAAUUCCAUUUUACUUAAUUCGGUCAAAGUUACCGACAAAACAAUCACAAAAGUAUCAAUUACAAAAGAUUAUGGCUUUGUUGUUGUUUUCAGUUUUGAUAGCAUUGUUGUUUUGACAUGCAAUGGCACAGUUAUUUCCCGAGUUGAUGAAGAAUUCGAUGUCCGGUUUUCAUGCACAUAUUCAUUUAAAGGCAACGAUGUUGUUGUUUUUGGACCAGUUCGAGAUCAAAUUUUAUGUUUCAACGUCGGUGACAGCACUAUCGAUAUCAAACAUUUCUCCACAUUGAACGAGAACAUCAUUGACAUGAAAUAUGUUGAGGAAAAGAAAUGUGUUAUCUGGGCUACAUCUGAUUGCGUUAUUUAUAUGCAACCUAUCAUGUAUGUAUUAUAA